GCGCGGGCGCUCGGUAGCGCUUUGAACCGGCCGUCAAGCGGCUGGAACCCGAGUUGUGGUGCUGACCGGGGUCGGACCAGGUCGUUGCUGCUCUGGCCAUGGCCGAGGCACGCGUGUCUCGCUGGUACUUUGGGGGGCUGGCUUCCUGCGGAGCCGCCUGCUGCACGCACCCGCUAGACCUGCUCAAGGUGCAUCUACAGACCCAACAGGAGGUGAAGCUGCGCAUGACUGGAAUGGCACUGCAGGUGGUGCGAACCGACGGCUUCCUGGCGCUCUACAACGGCCUGAGUGCCUCGCUGUGCAGGCAGAUGACCUACUCCCUGACUCGGUUCGCUAUCUACGAGACCAUGAGGGACUACAUGACCAAGGACAGCCAGGGGCCUCUCCCCUUCUACAACAAGGUCUUGCUGGGCGGCAUCAGUGGUUUAACUGGAGGCUUCGUGGGGACCCCAGCAGAUUUGGUCAAUGUCAGGAUGCAGAAUGACAUGAAGCUGCCCCUGAACCAGCGGCGCAACUACUCUCAUGCCCUGGAUGGUCUGUACCGUGUAGCCCGCGAAGAAGGCCUGAAGAAGCUCUUCUCCGGAGCAACCAUGGCAUCCAGCCGUGGGGCCCUCGUCACUGUGGGCCAGCUGUCCUGCUAUGACCAGGCCAAACAGCUGGUCCUCAGCACCGGGUACCUGCGUGACAACAUUUUCACCCACUUUGUCUCCAGUUUCAUCGCCGGCGGAUGUGCCACAUUCCUGUGCCAGCCGCUGGAUGUGCUGAAGACUCGCUUGAUGAACUCCAAGGGCGAGUAUCAGGGUGUUUUCCACUGUGCCGUGGAGACAGCAAAACUCGGGCCGCAGGCCUUUUUCAAGGGUCUCUUUCCUGCGGGCAUCCGUCUCGUCCCCCACACCGUGCUCACGUUCAUGUUCCUGGAGCAGCUACGGAAGCACUUUGGCAUCAAAAUGUCAACCUGACAUGGCCAGGGACACGUGGGCCGUGCUCAGUCGUUGUGCUGAGCUCCUUGGAAGAGUGGGAAGGGCGUGGGCUCUCCUCCUUCUUGGCCUGGCCCGUGCUGGUCCUCAGCAGGUUCCUGUUCUUCCCACCCUCGGGCUGCUGGCUCUGCCUUCUGACCCUGCCUUGGCCCCAAUGAAGUGGCACCUCUGCCCUACAUGCUCCCAGGCUCUCCCCAUUGGGUCGCCCUGUCUUCCCAUCCAAUGGAUGAUUCACUCAGAAGAGGUCUGGCCUGGCUGGUGUCACUGUCCCCACCUCCCUGGCUGCUACCCUGCCCUGCCUGGCAAGCCCAGCGAAGCUGAGUAGGCUUCCUGCUCCCUCUGGCCCUCUGUACACCGAGCAGCUUCUACCCAGAACUUGGGUAGUGAGUGUGGCAGGGUGCAGCCUAUGGCAGCUUCUGCUUACCAAAUGACUAGAGCACGCACGCACGCACUUUCAUCACAAGAGGGACCACUGUGCCGUGUUCUGGAAGGUAGUGCCUUCAGGAGAGGGAACAGGCGGGCAGCACAAAUCACCAGCAAAUGUCAUGGCAGUGGAGUCCAGAGAAAGUGCCUGGGGUGCCGUGUGCACCUCCUGUAUGCAGCCUUGGCUGCGUUAAUGGUCAGUUUUGCUGAAUCCUGUACCUGUCGUCAGGAACUGGCUGUGUCCCUCACACACCUGUGACCUCCCUUGCCUGGCUUCCUCAGGGCCAGGGGAGCAUGCUGGCAGAGCUGGGGCUAGAAUGAGUUCAUUGUAUGUGCCCUCCCAGAAUGUGUCUUCCUGUAUGGCAGGGGUCACCCCUUACCACCCCUCAGGCUUCAAAGCAGCCUGGUUUUCCUCAAAUGGGGUUGUGUGUGUGUCAACAUGAGAUUGGGCCCCGUGCCCAUUUGCCUCCCGCAGUCCCCUCAGCACCAGGCCCUCACCCAGGAGAUGGCCGUGGAGCCAGGGGCACUGCCGGCAUCCGUCUUCAGGAUCUAAUAAACCAAGUGGCCUGGGAGACUUUUCUGUCUUCCCUGCUCACUCCUCACUCAC